GAAGAAGAACAAAACAUAUAUACUCCUUAUAAAAUCUCUAAGGAAGCCAAUAAACCAACCGUAACAAUAACAAGUAGAUAAUAAUACUGUCGCUUAUUUUCUCAAUUUAACUUAUGACAAGAUACAAUAAUUAAAUUGUGAUUAGUAGAAGAAGUUACAUACUGAACCAAGAAAAGCGUCCAAAUUUUUUGAAUUAGCUAAAAGUAUAGUAGAUUAUACGAAACAGUUGUGAUGCGCGGUCCACCUGUGUUCAGCCGAGCUGUCACGGGAGAACGAAAGACUGUUUGCAAGCGGGUUGUGAUGUUGCACCGCUUCCAGUAGGGUGGAGAGAGACAUGCGAGUGGAGUGUGCGGUGCGGGGGGAGGGACCGAGCGCGUGGUGCGCGGGGGAACUGCCCCGCGAGAUGAUGUGAUUGACGGUGCUCAAGUCGGCAUGGGUGUGUGAACCGCCGACGCUAUGGCGGCGGUCGCCGGUCUGUACGGGCUGGGCGACGACCAGCGCGCGCGACAUCGCCGCGGACAGCAGGCUAACGCCGAGCGCUCCGAGUCUAGAGACGACAACACUGAGGCGUCGCUGCCGAAAUUGUGCAGUCAAGAAGAAGAACAGGGCAGGCCACCGCAGGGUGGCGUGGUAACCUUCGAGCCCAUACAACACGACCACGACUUCUGCGAAAGAGUUGUAAUCAACGUAAGCGGUCUCAAAUUCGAAACCCAACUGCGUACAUUAAACCAAUUCCCGGAAACAUUGUUGGGGGAUCCCGCAAGGCGGAUAAGAUACUUUGACCCCCUAAGAAACGAAUACUUUUUCGACCGGAACCGACCAUCAUUCGACGCAAUCCUGUAUUAUUACCAGAGUGGCGGGCGGCUGCGGCGCCCGGUAAACGUCCCGCUGGACGUCUUCUCAGAGGAAAUCAAGUUCUACGAACUUGGAGAACAAGCCACCAACAAAUUCCGUGAAGACGAGGGCUUCAUCAAGGAGGAGGAGAAACCCCUGCCCUCCAACGAACGUCAGCGAAAAAUCUGGCUGCUGUUCGAAUACCCGGAAAGUUCCCAAGCCGCCCGAGUUGUAGCCAUCAUCUCGGUUUUCGUCAUCCUUCUGUCAAUUGUCAUCUUCUGCCUGGAAACUCUGCCCGAGUUCAAGCACUACAAGGUCUUCAACACCACCACCAACGGCACUAAAAUCGAAGAAGACGAAGUACCCGACAUCACCGACCCAUUCUUCCUAAUCGAGACUCUCUGUAUAAUCUGGUUUACGUUCGAGUUAAUAGUGCGGUUUCUUGCUUGUCCGAACAAGUUUAAUUUCUUUAGAGACGUGAUGAACAUAAUAGACAUAAUAGCCAUUAUCCCCUACUUUAUCACCCUCGCCACUGUCGUCGCAGAAGAAGAGGACCAGUUAAAUCUUCCGCGUGCACCAGUCUCUCCGCAAGAUAAAUCUACCAAUCAAGCCAUGAGUCUCGCUAUCCUCCGUGUGAUUCGUCUAGUACGAGUGUUCCGAAUCUUCAAACUGUCGCGACACUCUAAAGGAUUACAAAUCCUUGGACGGACUCUGAAAGCAUCUAUGCGCGAGCUGGGGCUAUUGAUAUUUUUCCUCUUCAUCGGUGUGGUGCUGUUUUCAUCUGCGGUGUACUUCGCUGAAGCCGGAAGUGAGAACAGCUUCUUCAAAUCCAUACCCGAUGCGUUUUGGUGGGCGGUCGUGACAAUGACGACCGUAGGAUACGGAGACAUGACGCCGGUCGGCGUGUGGGGCAAGAUUGUGGGCUCGCUGUGCGCCAUCGCUGGUGUGCUCACCAUCGCCCUGCCCGUGCCCGUCAUCGUGUCCAACUUCAACUACUUCUACCACCGCGAAACCGACCAGGAGGAGAUGCAGUCGCAGAACUUCAACCAUGUCACCAGCUGUCCCUAUCUGCCCGGCACUAUGGGCGAGCCUUAUCUUAGUGGAAAGGACGAUGAAAGGGACGAGAUCUGCAGUGAUCAUUAGUUUUGUGUUUAAGUACAAUUUAAAACGGACUAUUAGUUUUAAUCGAGAGAGACGAUCAUUGUGAUAUUAAAUUAUAAGGGACGAAGAGUGAAAUGUGCUUUGUAAAUAUUAGAAUUGAUAAUAAUGUACAGAAAUAAGAUAAAAUUGUUAUUUAUUUUCUUUCUAGUUGUGGUUGAGUGGAAAUGUUUUAUUGCUUUUCCGUGUAGUCCAGUUUGUUAAAAUACAAUUUACGUUAAUUUCAAUAGUGUCGAAAGUAAUAAGUAGAUAUUCGUUACACAAAAAUAUGAGUACAUA